UCCAUUGCUUUAAUACAUUCUGGCGCGCUCGUACUUGCUCGUCUUGCGCGGACUGAUGUAGUGGGCUUAUCAUACAUUAAGAGCGCGCUAACUCAAGUUGUUGAAACACCUUUACUCACCUGCCUUUUCUUAAGUUGCGAUAGGUGGUUUUUGUUAGUUUUGUAGCAAGCCCCAACUGUGUUGUGAUCUUUUCAUUCGCGCUACCUCACUAUGGCAGCGUGGGGCGAUGGUGGAGGCUUCAUGCCACCUGACUCCCAGGACACGCCACAGCGCAAGGCUCAAAGUCGCCAUGACAAUGUGGUUCCAUGUACCAUAGCUCAGAUCCAUAUGAUGGGCCAGGACUCGCUGACCAUAGGAUCACUUGAGGUGCAAUAUGUUUCAUUGGUGGGACUUGUGACAGGUGUCGACCAGCAGAGCACUCGUGUCAACUUCACCCUGGAUGACCGGACAGGGCCACCUAUCGAAGGACUGAUUUUUGCCCAAGAAGAGGAGCAAAUGCGUGUCAUGAGCCACCUCGUGGAGGGCAGUUACGUUCGUGUAGUGGGCCCUGUGCGCUCCAUUGAAGGCAAGCGCCAGCUCAAGGCGUUCAAAGUUUUCCCUGUGACUGAUCUGAAUGAGCUGAGUCUCCACCUUGCCGAAGUGGUGCAUGCCAACAUGGCUCUGCGUGUGGGCUUUACUCCCAGUUCACCGAAAUUUGAACAAAUGGAUACCAGCAGAAAUUCAUUUCUUGGGGCUGGCGCUAGCAAUCUUGGUUUGAACCCACAGCAGAAAUUGGUGUACGAAGCGAUUCGGGAGUGCACCACAACCAUUGGGAUAGGCCUCGAUGAAAUUUGCUCCAAACUGAAGUCGAUGAACAAGAAUUCAAUACGGGAUGUGGUCGACUUCCUUGCUAACGAGGGACACAUUUUCACUACCAUGGACGAUGAACACUACAAGGCCACUGACUCAGCAUAGCAGUAGCUGCCACCCUCUCUUUAUUUUUUUUAAUUUUAUUAUUACAUUAUCCAGAUUUAUGGUCCAUCGUUUAACCGAAAGAGAUAAGCAGUGUCUUGUAAUUUGAGCUCUUGGCCCCACAUUUUCAUAAUGUUUCCAGUCAGACUGGGUUGUUUGCCUUUUCCUUGCUUGCAGUUUAGGCAGCAGGCACAUGAUGCAAAUGUGAAAGAAGGCCACAUUGUUGAAAGUUGUGCACUUCUUUUAUUCCAUGUACAUCAGGGCACCAUUAAUGACAUGCUGCAAACUUAUUUCUUUCCCGUGUGACUUGCCAUAUGCUGAAUGGAAGCUGUCUUUUUAAGAAAGAUUGUGGAAAAAGGACAGAAAAUUGUGCUUUGAUUCAACUGUUAUCACACUGAGUUGUGCUGAAGAUUGGAGCUUUAAUACACUGCACCCUUACACGGCUUUGUCAUGAGUCAUAGUUGUUGCCUUACAAGCAAUUGCUGCUAGACAAGUCCACUCAUGCCUGUUGGUAUUUAAAAGUACUUUCAGAAGGCCUAGAAUUUGCCCCGUGUGUUUUCUUGCACUCUUUAAUCAUUUCAAAUGUGUUGGUAUUGGAAGCAAACAACACAUGCCUGUCAAUACGCUGCCUACAUUUACAUUAUAUAAUUAUAUGCAUAUAUGUACAGGUUUCAUUGGUGCGACUGCUUGGUAAAAGUAGAUAUGUUCAGGUUAACCAAUAUUUUUUUCUUUCUGAUUUGCUAAGUGUUUGUUGAUGGCUAAUAAACUCCUGUCAACUCUUGUGUUGCAGAAUUGUUUGUGAGCAUCCAGGGUAAGGCUUUGUAACUUGUUUUCCGGAAGAGGUCCAAUGUCACAGUACAUCCAAGUUGGAACAGUAAUAAAGAUAUUUAAAAAAAAUGCAAAA